GAGAAAAUUUGGACGGCAAAAUGCACUUGCCGCAGGGUGUCGAAGCCGCGAUCUCGCGCGUGCUGCCGUCCGAUGACGUAUUGGACCGACCCGAGUUCGACUGCGUGGAGUUCAUCAACCGGAACUUCCCUGACGAGCAGUCCCUUGCCGACAUCGAGCCGUUCGUGAGUCGCUUGAACGGCAGGAUGAAGGAGCUGGACGAGAAUUUGUCCCAUGCGUCACAGGAGCAGUCCCUGGCGGCAUACCAGGCGUUGGCGGAUUUGAAAGAAGCCCAGCAAGCAGUGACACAACUGUACACGAAGAUCCACGACAUUCGGGGCAAGGCCGAGCAGUCCGAGGUCAUGGUACAAGAGAUCUGCCGCGACAUCAAACAGCUCGACUACGCCAAGCGGCAUUUGCAGACGACGAUCACAGCGCUCAAACGCUUGCACAUGCUCGUGACGGCCGUGGAUCAGUUGGAGUACAUGACUUCCCAACGUCUGUACAAGGAAGCUGCGAGUCUCCUCGAAGCAGUCAACAGCCUCUUCACCCACUUUGAAGGGUUCACCAAGGUGGGCAAGAUCCUCGACCUUCAGCGCACGGUCAACGCGAUCCGUGCGGACUUGGAGAAGCAAAUCUUUGGGGAUUUCCAAGUCGUGGGGCCGCUGGCGACCCUCGAUUCCAUCGCCAAGGACGACGACGAGAUGCAACGCAUGUUUGCCAACUUGGCCACGGCCUGCUUGAUCGUGUCGGCGCUGGGCAACGACACAAGGAAGAAGCUCGUACACACAUGGUGCGUCGAUCAACUAGCGCCGUACGAAAAGCAGUUUGGAGGGAGCGCGGCGUCGUCCCUUGCCGACAUGGACGCCCGCUUCGCGUGGUUUUUCCAGCUCGUGAGCACCAUCGAGGGGCGCAUGGAGGCGAUCUUUCCGACGCACUGGCAGAUGGGGCGGCGGCUGUGCCUGUUCUUCUGCGACCGCACGCGCACGCACUUGCUGGGGCACCUGGGUGCAGUCGCAUCAGAUGAGCUGGACGUGACGUCGUUGCUCAAAGCGUUGCAGAAGGCGUUGCUGUUUGAACGGGAAAUCGUCACGCGAUACGAGGGACACGGCCCGGACGACGGCCGAUCCGAGCUCAACGACAAGGGGCAAGUGAUCGAUCCGGCGUCGGCGGAAGGCAUCAAGCGCCGGCUGCUGCGGCAAAAGCGGCUGGCAGAGCACAAGGCCAUCGCCGACGAACUCAGCAAGAAGCGCAUGAUGGAGGGCGAAAUGGGGGUCGUCCACGAGCCCGAGGACCCGCUGCCAUCUCUCAGCGGCAUCUUGUCUCGAACCUUCGAUCCGUUUAUGACGGCGUACGUGGCCCUCGAGCGGAAGAACAUGGAAUCCAUGGUGAACGAUGUGAUGGCGUCCGAGAUCGUUGACCGCAACGGCGCGCUGCCAGUGUUUUCAUCGUCAGUCAACAUGUUUGCGUACAUCCGCAACAGUGUGAAGCGGUGCACGGCGCUCACGGUGGGCCAGACGUUCUUUGACUUGCAAUUGGAGUUCAAAUACUGCCUCGGGUUGUACGCGAAUCGAUUGGUGGCUAAGCUACCGGGGUUUAUCACCGACAGCAACACGCCGCCGACGCACGCGGCGGCGGCCAAGUGGCGGCUCGCGGACAAACAGGAGGAAGAGCUCUGCUUUGUGAUCAACACGGCGGAAUACUGUGCCGACACGUUGCCGUCGUUGGAAGACGUGAUCCGACUCAAGAUCGACAAGGCAUUUACCGACGCGAUUGAACUGUCGAAGGAGAUCGACACGUAUCACGACGUGGCCGCGGCGGCGAUGAAGUGCAUCGUGCUCGGCAUCGAAAACAUCCUGGACGACGACUGGGCCACCAUGCAACGAGUGAACUGGGGUACCGUCGAAACGGUGGGCGACGAGAGCGCGUACGUGCUGGCGAUCGCCGACAAGCUGCGUCCGUACGUCCCGACGCUGCGCAGCAUGCUCUCGAGUCUGUACUUUACCAACUUCUGCGACAAGUUUGCGGCGUCGGUCGUGCCCAAAGUACUCCAGAGCAUCGUCAAGUGCAAGCGCGUCAACCACGUCGGCACCCAGCAGCUCCUCUUGGACGUGUAUGCGCUCAAGACGCUAUUUCUGAACCUCCCUGUGAUGGGCAAGGAAGGCGAGGUACAGAUUGUGCGCGAUACUGUAUCAAAAGCACAUGAAAUCGAACGAUCAUCGUGGACGGAGGAGUGCUUAGGUUGGUGCGACGACGGUACCUGCGCGGUACACCAAGUUUGUCAGCAACGAAAUGGCGCACGUCGAAGCCGUGCUCAAGUUGAUUGGCACGCCGAAUGAAAUGCUUGUCGACAGCUUCAAGAUCAUGUGGCCGGAAGGCACGGCCGAGAACUUUCAGAGCAUUUUGAACAUGAAAGGACUGAAGCGGCAAGAACAGUUGGCGCUCCUGGAAGCGCUGGGCCUGCAGCAACGAAAGGCCCCUCCCGCCGCUGCAAAGCAAAUGAUCGAAGGCAAAAUGACAGACAUGACGGAAAGCUUGAAGUCCAAUAUGCAGAAAAUGGCCAAGGCCAGCAACCCGUUCAACUACAUCAACACGACCAACUAGAUUGCUUAAUCACGUUGAUAAGUAUCACAACCUACCGUGCAAAAUAUUUUC